AUUUACUGGCAGCCCCACCAAUGCCGUCACUCAAAGCACACUUUUAUCCUAAGAAAAAUAUAAUUUUAAAUUUUUUUUUGUCAUGCAUGCAAUCAUAAUAUUUUAAAAUAAUAAAAAAAAAACUAACAAUGUUUCAUCACAAAUAUUGUAAUAUUCUUAAGAGAACAAUUGUGCACAGUCUAAAUCGUAAAAAUCAUGUAAAGUUAAGUGAAAACCUCACCAAGCCAAUAGUAUUAGGGAUUGAAACAUCAUGUGAUGAUACUGGGUGUGCUAUUGUUGACGGCACAGGAAAUAUACUAGGAGAAGCUUUAUUCUCUCAGAAUGCUCUGCAUGUUAGAUGUGGUGGUAUUAAUCCUUUAGUUGCCCAUGAACUUCAUCGGGAUAACAUAGAUAAUGUUGUAAAUGAAGCACUGGGUAAUGCAGGAUUAAAAAUAAAAGAUGUAGAUGCCAUUGCAGUCACUACUAAACCUGGUUUGUUGAUUAGUCUUCAAGUCGGUGUGAAGUAUGCUAAAUAUUUGGCUAAACAGUAUAAUAAACCUUUGAUACCCAUCCAUCAUAUGGAAGCACAUGCAUUAAUACCAAGGAUGUGUAAAGAUAUACCAUUUCCAUUUAUAGUUCUUUUAGUUUCAGGAGGGCAUUGCCUUCUUGCUGUAGUUAACCAUAUAGAUGAUUUUGUUCUACUGGGUCAGUCAAUAGAUAAUGCACCUGGAGAAGUUUUAGACAAAAUUGCUCGGAGAAUGAAAUUAAGAAACAUACCCACUUACUCAACCAUGGCAGGAGGUAGAGCAGUUGAACUGGCAGCUAAAGGUGCAAAAUACCCAGACCUUUUUAAAUUUCCAUUACCAUUAGCAAGAUAUAGAGAUUGCAAUUUUAGCUUUAGUGGAAUUAAAGACUAUUUUGUUAGAAAGCUUGUACAAAUGGAGAAUGAACAUGGAAUAAUGGGCAAUGAAAUAAUUCCUGAAUAUAGAGAUUUCUGUGCAGCAUUGCAACUUGCUGUUGCUGAACAUUUAGUUCACAGAACAGAGAGAGCUUUACUGUUUUGUGAAGAAGAAAAAUUAAUAGACACAUCUAUAAAAAACAUAAUAGUAUCUGGAGGUGUAGCCUGUAAUGAUUUUAUAUUCAAAUCUAUAGAAUUUAUUGCAAAUAAAUGGAAUUAUAAAACAAUAAGACUACCACCAAGAUUAUGUACAGAUAAUGGGAUAAUGAUAGCUUGGAAUGGUGUAGAAAAAUAUAAAAAGGAGCUGGAUAUUGUCUCAGAUUUCAACAUAAAAGACAUUGAUCCUACAGCUCCUUUAGGUAGGAAUUAUAUCAACAACGUCCAGGCUGCUAAUUUACCAGUUAAAGCAACAAAAUUACAUAUACUUUAUGAUACCUAAUGAUUCUUUUAUUUUAU